AUGCCCUCGGCCAAACAAAGGGGCUCCAAGGGCGGCCACGGCGCCGCCAACCCCUCGGAGAAGGGCGCCCACCCGUCGGGCGGCGCGGAUGACGUGGCGAAGAAGCCGCCGCCGGCGCCUCAGCAGCAGCAGCAGCAGCAGCAGCCGUCGCCGCCCGCGCCGCACCAGCACCCGCAGCAGCAUCCGCAGAACCAGGCGCACGGCAAGGGCGGCCACCGCGGCGGCCGGUCCUCCUCCUCCGCGGCCGCCGCUUCGUCCUCGGCGUCCUGCUCUCGCCGGCUCGGCCGGGCGCUCAACUUUCUCUUCUACCUCGCUCUGGUGGCGGCGGCCGCCUUCUCGGGCUGGUGUGUCCACCACGUCCUGGAGGAGGUUCAGCAGGUCCGGCGCAGCCACCAGGACUUCACCCGGCAAAGGGAGGAGCUGGGCCAGGGCUUGCAGGGCGUCGAGCAGAAGGUGCAGUCUCUUCAGGCCACGUUUGGGACCUUUGAGUCCAUCCUGAGAAGCUCCCAGCACAAACAGGACCUCACAGAGAAAGCCGUGAAGCAGGGGGAGAGUGAGGUGAGCCGCAUCAGCGAGGUCCUGCAGAAGCUCCAGAACGAGAUCCUCAAGGACCUGUCGGACGGCAUCCACGUGGUGAAGGAUGCCCGGGAGCGGGACUUCACGUCCCUGGAGAACACGGUGGAGGAGCGGCUCACCGAGCUCACCAAGUCCAUCAACGACAACAUCGCCCUCUUCACUGAGGUCCAGAAGCAGAGCCAGGAGGAAAUCAAUGGCGUGAAGGCCAAGGUUGCUUCUCUGGAAGAAUCUGAGGGGCACAGGCAGGACCUGAAGGCCAUGAGGGAAGUGGUGAAGGAGGUGCAGGCGUCCGCCAAGGCCAGAGAGAGGGACGUGGAGGCCCUGCGGAGCUCCCUGCAGGCCAUGGAGUCGGAUGUCUACACGGAGGUGCGGGCACUGGUGAGCCUCAAGCAGGAGCAGCAGGCAUUCAAGGAGGCUGCCGCCAAGGAGCGCCUGGCCCUGCAGGCCCUCACCGAGAAGCUGCUGCAGUCCGAGGAGUCGGUGGCUCACCUCCCCGAGGAGAUCCGGCGCCUGGAGGAGGAGCUGCACCAGCUCAAGGCCAGUGCAUACAGGUCCGAGGAGGACGGCUCCUUCGGAAACCUGGACGCCUUGGACACGCUCCAGGAGAAGAGCCAGGGCCUGGACUCGAGGCUGCAGACCCUGGAGGAAGGAGUGCAUUCCAUGCAGGAAGCGUCUGAGCGCCACACUGAGCGCCUGGAGUCCCUGCUGUCACGGAGUGAGGAGCACGAGCAGCGCCUGGGCGCGCUGCAGCAGCGUCUGGAAGGCGUGGGGUCCUCCUCGGGGGCAGACAGGGACGGCCUGGCCAGCACCGUGACAAGUCUUGGGGAGGCCCAGCUGGCGCUCUACAGCGAUGUGGAGGAGCUGAAGAGAAGCAUGGGUGAGCUCCCCAGCACCGUGGAGUCGCUGCAAAAGGUGCAGGAGCAGGUGCACACCCUGCUUGGGCAGGACCGUGCCCAGGCUGCCCAGCCGCCCCCGCAGGACGUCCUGGACAGACUUGCUGCUCUGGAAAACGUGAAAUCCUCCGUGAGCCAAGUGGAGUCGGACUUGAAAAUGCUGAGGACUGCCGUGGACAGCUUGGUGGCGUACUCGGUGAAAAUCGAAACCAAUGAGAAGAACCUCGAGUCGGCCAGGGGCUUGCUGGACGAGCUGAGGAGCGAUCUGGACCGCUUGUUUGUGAGGGUGGAGAAGAUCCACGAGAAGAUCUAAGCAGCUCUGUGCGGGGCGCCGGCUCCAAGUUCAAGUUCUCAUGACCAAAAAAACCUGUUGUUUUCUCCCCUGGGCUGUCCCCCUCCGUUUCUUGUCCCUGCUCAGAGAGCAGUAGGUGUCCCCGAACACCACGCACUGCGUUCUUGUGCCCUGUUAAUUUAUUUGCAGUUAUUUCCACAUACGUGGUUUCUUGAGUUUUCUGCUUCUGGCUUUUGGUAGGUUUCCUGAAGGCCCAGACUCGUGCCUAGGAGCUGGCACUAAGCAGGUGCCAGACAAGUGCUAACAGCUCCAACUGAGGAGUAGCAGAAGCA